AUACCUACGCUUGCCGGAGACGUCCCCGCUGCCGACCCAGAUGACUUCUCGGAAGAAGAGUUCCAACGGCAGCUGCAGGCCGGUAUGGCGGAGCUCAUGGGAGACUUGGACAAGAACGUACGUGACGCAGUCGAACAUAUUGUGACAUGAGGUACUCAAACUGCGACAGCCCGAGAUGCAAGCACAGUUCGAGACGAUAUUCAAGGAGCUCGGCGGCGCCGCUGUGGUAGGCAGCGAGGCCGAGCCUAGCGUACCGAAGAGUUCCAAGACGAAGGCUGCUCUCUCGACGAACGAUCCAGACAGAGUCGCCGCCGAGCUGAGCGAGAAUGUGGACUUUCAGGAGACGAUCCGCCGGACUAUGGAGCGCAUGCAAGCCUCCGGCGACCAAGCCACGGCCGAAGCCGCAGCCCAGGGAUCGGAAGAUGACUUCCUUGCAGAGAUGAUGAAGGCCAUGAAAGACAUGCCUGGCGCCGAGGGUUCUGAAGAGGACUUUAGCAAAGUGCUGAUGGGCAUGAUGGAGCAGCUCACGAACAAGGAGAUCUUGUACGAGCCAAUGCGGGAGCUGAACGAGAAGUUCCCAGCAUGGAUGGAGAAGAACGGCAAGACGCUCAAGAAGGAGGACAAGGACCGCUACGAGGAGCAGCAACGACUGGUGGGGGAGAUGGUCGCCAAGUUCGAGGAGCCGACAUACAAGGAUGGAAACGCGGCGGACCGGGAGUACGUCGUUGAACGUAUGCAAAAGAUGCAAGCAGCAGGCUCGCCGCCUCCGGAUCUAGUUGGCGACAUGCCUUCGGCGAAAGAGGUGCUGGAUGGCCCAGACCCGGACAAUUGCACGCCUCAGUAGAUUGGCAAGGGGGGACACAUUGUAAGGCGUCGAGAUUCGACGGUGAUUGUUUGACUUGAUACCAGAUGCCAUGUGAUUUAUACAUUGCAAUACCUAUGCCCAACAUAGGAAAC